AUGUCGCAAGAUAAACAGAAUCCAGUAGUUCUUUUCGUGCAUGGUGCGUGGCAUCAGCCAAAGCAUUACUCUCUUCUUAUCGCAUCCAUCCAGAGACAAGGCUUCACCGUCAUCGCUCCAACCUUGGCCUCGGCUGGGUACGAUGACUCAAUUGAUGGGAAGGACUUGGAUGACGACGUAAGAGCCAUUCAAGAUAAGAUUACACCUUAUAUCGAGAGCGGGCGGAAGAUCAUCGCAGUGGGACACAGUUAUGGUGCUGUACCGCUCCAGGCCGCUGUCGAUGGAUAUACUAGGGGUGAACGAGAGAAGAAAGGACAGCAAGGUGGAUUUGUGUCAGUGAUAUUCAUUGCGCCGACGCCUGUCUUGCAGAAGGGUAUUUCUAUGUACGACUCGGUUGGAGGUCAGUAUACGUCAGCUUGGUUUCAUGAUGUAUCUGAUACACGCCUACCUCUGAAGAAUGAGAAGCUAAUGGAGGCUUUCUUUACUGAUGUGGACAAGAGUGUCGCCGAUGAAAUAAUCCCAACACUUUGCCAUCAGAGUAAAGGUCCCUUUGAAGUUUCCGUUUCUUGUACGCCGGCGGACCUUAGCAUUCCCAAAAUAUUGGUGUUGUGCAAGGAUGAUCCGAUUUUCACCAAGGACAUCCUGACUUUUGUUGCCGAUAAAUGGGGAGCAACAGUUUUGGAGAUUGAGUCUGGACAUAGCCCGCACUUGUCGGGGGUGCACAGGCAAUGGAUUGCUAAUCUUGUCGCCACUGAGGCGGAGAAAGCAUGA